UUCUUUCCCGUUCAGUCUGCUCCAUCCCAUGUUCUUCUUCCACGCCAUUUUUGUUCAACCCUAGUUUUUUUCACGUUAGUGUGGACUACCACAAUCUCAACUAAUUCUCAUACGGCAAAGAUUCAUCAAUGUCGACAAUCACAAUCAGACUAGGGGCAAAAGAAAGAGAACGGCUUCGUGGGCGGAGGUGGCAGAGAACUUGCUGGAAUCAUCUUCCAUUUUUUUCCUUGGUGGGGUGCUGUCUCUGCUCUGUGAAUAGCUCUGGUGUGGGUUUCAAAGAAGGCCAGAGAGAGAGAGAAAAGCUUUUGAAAGGCGGGGAAGUAAGCAUGUCAGAGAAGCUUUCUUCCAAUAGAGGUGAAGUUAUACUGGAAGUUCGAAGUGAAGAGAUCAAUGCAGCAAAAGGAUCUCCCUCAAAAGUCUCAGAAUAUUCAGCUCCCAAGCAAAGCCAAGUGGGCUCACCCGCCAAAACAUCGGCUGAGUCCAGCAGUGGGUUCUCUAAAUCAGUCCCAGUGAGCUCCCCUUCACCUGAAUUUUCGAGAGCCAGUCCUGGGAGUUCUUCUAAUGAAUUUACUAAAGAGGAUGAUAUAGUUGAAGUGAGUUCUUGUAGUGAAAUAGAAAGUGAUGGGGUUCAUAUAAUAGAAACUUCUAAUGAAACUAUUGAAGAAGAUGAUGUAAUUGAAGCAACUUUUGAUGCCACUGAAGAAGAAAGCAAUGGGGUUCAUGCAGUGGAAAAUAAUGGGACUAACAUGGAGAACACAAGGAAUGUGGAAGGAAAGGUCCAAGAGCCUCAAGUUGGAAUGAUCUUUGACAACAUGGAUCAAGUGGCUACAUAUUACAAGGAAUAUGGGAGACAAUUAGGAUUUCCAGUGAUAAAGAGAUCAUCAACGAAGGGAGAUGAUGGAAAAUUGAGGUAUAUUACUAUGUGUUGCGCUCGAUCAGGUACAUCAAAAAGUACUUCAAGUAAUCCUCUUAAGCCAUAUCCAAGUAUAAAGAAUGAUUGCAAGGCUCAACUAAGGGCAAGUUUAUACUUGGGUGAGAAGUGGUGAGUGAAUUCUGUAAAGCUUGAUCAUAAUCAUGGGUUGAGAGUCCAACAAAAACUCGUUAUUGGAAGUGUUUUCGGGAAGUUAGUUCUUCUGUAAAAAAAGAAGCUUGAAGUGAAUGAUAAAGCCGGAAUAAGGGUCAACAAAAGUUAUAAUUCAGUGGUGGUUGAAGUUGUGGGGCAUGAGAACAUGAAGUGUUUAGAAAAAGACUGUAGAAAUUAUAUUGAAAAGGUAAGGCGCUUACGACUUGGAGAAGGGGAUGCCAUUGCAGUUCAAAACUACUUUGUAAGCAUGCAAGCUCAGAAUGCAAAUUUCUUCUAUGCAAUUGAUUUAGACAAAAAUGGUUGUUUAAGAAAUGUGUUUUGGGCAAAUGCGAGGAGUAGGGCAGCUUAUGAAGAAUUUGGUGAUGUUAUAACAUUUGACACAACAUACUUAACUAAUAAGUACAAUAUGCCAUUUGCUCCAUUUGUGGGGGUUAAUCAUCAUGGGCAAUCAAUUUUAUUGGGAUGUGGAUUGAUUUCAAGGGAAGGUACCAACUCCUUUAUUUGGUUGUUUAAGACCUGGCUUGCUUGUAUGUCCGGUCAUGCUCUAAGUGGAAUAAUUACAGAUCAAGACAAAGCUAUGAAAAAAGCGAUCGAAGUUGUUUUUCCUAA